UUCUCUUCUAAAACCCUAAAUUGGCCAUGCCAUUCUCGAAAUCUCUCAACGCAGUGCUGUGCCGCUACUUCAGCUCUCUUCCAAGGCAACCAAGCUUCUCAAAAAUUCCCUCAAAGUCCAGGCCUCAAGCAAUCCGUGAAGCUCAGCAAGCUCUCACAGACUACCUACACUCCACGAGGUCACUGCCGUUCGCCUACGCGGAACACAUUAGCAAGUACUCCCUCGUCUCUCUUUCCAAUCUCAUUGCCAACAUUGACUUCUCGGUCUCUGAUUUCUCCAGAUCCGUGAGAAAAUUCCUCAGGUAUCAUCCCAUCAACGAAUUCGAGUUCUUUUAUGAGAGCAUCGGCAUCGAUUACAAUGAGGUUCGCGGGCUCUUGCCCACCAAAAAGUUUUUCUUUUCUGAAGAUGGUAGUGUGUUAAGUGCAGCUUGUGCGCUCGCUGGAUUUGGGUUUCCAUGGAACAAGUUAGGCAUUUUGUACAAGGAGGAGAGUUCUAUUUUUAGUAGGGGUUCGGAGGAGCUAUCCUCUAGGCUUCAUGGGUUUAAGAAACAUGGAUUUAGUAAUAUUUCAGUGAUUGGUAUUUGUAUGGCUUUUCCUUACGUGUUGAGUGGCGAAUGGUUGGAGGAAAUUGAUGCUUUAUUUGAUGAUAUGAAAAAGUUCUUUAUAGACUUUGGCUUGGGGAGUUGUAUUGAAGGAAAUGUGGAUGCUUGGUAUGAGAUUUGUAUGAAAAUUCGAGUAUUCUAUGAUUUGGGUUUUGAGAAGGGAAAGCUAGGGGAUAUGGUAGGUAAGAGUAAAAGCAUUUUUGUCGAUUAUCCAGUGAAUGUCUUUGUCCAAAAGGCUAAGUUCUUUUGUAGAUUUGGUGUUAGAAAUGAAGAUGUUGGUUUGUUGCUACUUCAAAGACCGGAAAUUUGGAAUUAUGAUAUGGAGAAGCCCUUGAUUUCAGUUAAAGGAUUCCUUAAACAUUUUGGGUUUAGUGACGCAGAGUUGAUAGCUAUUGCCCACAAGUACUCGCAUGUAUUAGGCAGAAAUAAAAUUUCAAAUUUACCUCACGUGAUGAGAGCUAUGGAUUUGCAAGUGUGGUUUUUCAAUAAAAUCAAGGAUGGAGAUCAUCACUUAAUAGCUAGCUAUGCUAUGAGGGAACCUGAUGAAGAUUUGGAUAAAGAAUUUGAUGAUUGCUUGGAGAGGAUCCGACAUUCGAGAACUCCUACUCAUACGAUGUACAAAGUGAAUUUUGUGCUUGGAAUUGGUUUUGGAGAAAAUGCUUUAACCGCCAAGGUCUUAGACCAUUUGCAUGGUACUAGUAGUGAACUGCAGGAGCGAUUUGAUUGCCUUUUACGUUUGGGAAUUCCUUUUUCAGAUCUCUGUAUGAUGAUAAGAAUGAUGCCAAAGAUCUUAAACCAAAAGCCAGAAAUACUAGAACAGAAAGUGAACUUCCUCUGCCAGGAUAUAGGAUCCUCAUUGGGGGAACUGAAUAUUUUUCCAGCAUACCUGUGUUUUAAUUUGGAGAACCGAAUUAAACCCAGAUAUAGAUUCCAUAUGUGGCUUACAGAUAGGGGUGCUCAAAAGUACUCCAUUGCAAGUAUUGUUGCGACCAGUGAAAAGAACUUCAUAGCUCGCAUUUAUGGAAUCCACCCGGCUGCUCUGAAACAUUGGUUUGAGUGUUUCUCAUGCUAAACACCAGCUGAUGAAUGGAAAAGGCAGUGAUUUAGUCUCUGCAGCUUGUUGGCACUUCGGUGUAGAUGGGGAUUUUGUUUGUGACAAUUUUGGAAUCUGUAUAUAGAAAUUCAUCAUUUUAACCUUCC